AUGUCUGGAUUUCUGGGUCUUCCAUUGUUCCCUUUGAUCCUUAUGAUUGUGCUAUUGCCACUUCUUGUUGGGAUCCUUGUUUAUGAGGUUGUUGAUAGACUGAUAAAUGAUAUAUGUGAAGUCCAGGGAGGAUCCGUGAUGUUUGCAGUUUCUGUUUUUGGAUUAGCGGUUAAUAUAAUUAUAGCUGUCUUGCUUGGUCAUGAUGGUGACGAUGACUAUCACGAGGGGCAUUCUGACCAUAGGGAGCCCUUACUUAAGAGUGUGGGUGUGAUGAUUGGCGAGGCAAUCAUAUGGUACAAACCAGAGUGGAAGAUUAUCGAUCCUUUCUGCACUCAAAUCUUCUCUGUGCUCGUGCUGGGGACGGCCAUAAGAAUGAUACGCAAUAUCCUCAUCCUCGAGGUUUUGAUGGAAAGCACCCCCCAGAGAAGAGGAAGUUGUUGCAGUUCAUGA